AUGGGCUUGAUGGGUGAUGUGGUGGCCCAGAGGCAGAGAGCGACAGUGGAUGCAGGGGACUGUUCUGGGGAGCUUGCGUGCGGCUGUGACCUCGUGCGAGGUGUCGCCGUGGAGCGCGUGGAGCGGCUGCGCAGAGCCCUGCAAGGCGACGUAUCGCGUGCGGAGGCGGCACGUCCUGCGGGAGCCGCGGAGCCCUGCAGGGCGCCGUAUCGCGUGCGGAGGCGGCACGUCCUGCGGGAGCCGCGGAACGGCGGGGAGCCGUGUCCCGCGCUCGAGGAGCGCGCGGGCUGCAUGGAGUACUGGAGUCUGCAGGGAGCCGAGUGCAAGCAGUCCCUGCUUCCAGCAUUAAUAACAACAGGAGGGUUUGGAAAAGCAAGGAGAAAAAGAGCUGCAGCUGAUGGCAAUGAAAGAGCAGGGUACUGCGUUGAGUUCCAGCUCGUGGCCAUCACGCCGGGCUGCCUGCGCGGCCACCGCUCGCACACGCUCUGGAUGCGCUACCUGCGGGAGGGCCACACGGUGUGCGUGGAGUGUCAGCACCCGGCGCUGGAUCCCGGGAGCCUGCACUGCUACGGGGACGGCAGCGGGAGCCAACAGAAUCAGCUGCUGCACUGGGAGGCUGUGGGGAGCCCUCAGUGCAGGGGAACCUGGAAGAGAAUUCGCCAGCUGGACACCUGCUCCUGUCCCUCCGUUCACAGCUUCUUGUUCAUCUAAAUUCUCCCGAUGAUCCUGGCGAAAGAGCCAGGCGAUGGCUUGUCUGGCACAAACGGGCAGUGGCAUUAGU